CCCCAUACUGUUCUAGACUACAACUUACUGUUUAAUAUUGAAAACACACAAACCGCGAAGUCGCUUGUCUUGAAAGACACUAUUUAAAAGGUAAUGUUUUUGUUGACCUUAAUCAGACAUUUAACUUAAACCCUGGCAGUGGUUAUAGUGUUGGUAGUACCAUGCCGUCUGUAGCUGAAUUUAACAAGGCUCACCAGUAUUGAUUCUGCCACUUUAAGAGGAGGGACGUCAGUGUGACGUAACGCUACGGGUGCCGAAGAGCGGGUUGGGUCAGGUCCCGCCCGUCCUUUUCUCUUACGGUAACCUAUCGUGACUGGGUGCACGGAUUGUAAACAUGGCGGCGUGCACAGCCGAAAAUCUGUGUUGCAAACCCCCAUAUUAGUGACUGAAAAACCGAGACACACCAACAUGGAGACCGAGGAGGAGCAGCACAUGACCACGCUGCUCUGCAUGGGCUUCCCGGACGCGGUCGCCAUCCGCAAGGCUCUUCGCAUGGCCAAGAAUGACAUCAACGAGGCGGUGGCGCUGCUCACGAACGAGAGCCCCGGACUCGGCUACGGCUACGAGCCGAUGGAGAGCGGGCCUGGGCCCAGCGGUGACGGAGAGAGCAGCGGGAGAAGUGGGAGUGGUAGCGGGGGGUUUGAUCCACCUCCCGCCUAUCACGAUGUGGUGGAAGGAGAGAAGAACAAUGAUGAGAAUGGGAACUGUUCCGGGGGAAACGUUGAGUUCCCCACCACUAACCUGUAUGAGCUGGAGAGUCGGGUGUUUACUGAUCACUGGUCCAUACCUUACAAGCGCGAGGAGUCGCUGGGCAAGUGCCUGAUAGCUUCCACAUGCCUGGCCAAGCUGAGUCUUGCUGAUGCAGAUGAGAACUGCAAGCGCUUCAUAGACAGAUGUAUGCCUGAAGCAUUCAAAAAGCUGCUGACGUCAAGUGCAGUCCAUAAGUGGGGUACUGAAAUCCACGAAGGUAUCUACAACAUGCUGAUGUUGUUGGUGGAUUUGGUGGCAGAAAGAGUGAAACUGGAGCCCAUCCCUGUUGGCCUCCUGGGAGUGCUGACAAUGGCUUUCAACCCCGACAAUGAAUACCAUUUUAAAAACCGGAUGAAAGCCUGCCAGAGGAACUGGUCUGAAGUCUUUGGUGAAGGAAGCACGUUUGCUGUCUCGCUUAGUUCCAGCUUCCAGAAGGAGCCCCAUGGUUGGCUUGUAGAUUUGGUAAAUCGGUUUGGAGAACUGGGUGGGUUUGCUGCUAUUCAAUCCAAAUUGGGCUCUGAGGAGAUAGAAAUUGGGUGUGUCUCUGCUUUGGUUCAGCCCCUGGGAGUGUGUGCAGAGUAUCUGAACUCCAGUCUAGUACAGCCCAUGCUGGACCCAGUUAUUCACAAAAUGAUCACAUACGUGCAGAACGUGGAGGAAAAAGAUCUGAAAGAUAAGCGGCUUGUCAGCAUCCCUGAGCUCCUGUCUGCUAUAAAGCUGUUGUGUAUGAGGUUUCAGCCUGACCUUGUCACAGUGGUGGAUGACCUUCGAUUGGACAUCCUCCUACGCAUGCUGAAAACGCCACACUUCAGUGCCAAGAUGAAUUCCCUCAAGGAGGUUACUAAGUUGAUAGAAGACAGUACAGUGGCCAAGACGGUGAAGAAUGCCAUCGACACUGAUAAGUUAUUGGACUGGCUGGUUGAAAACUCAGUUCUGUCAAUAGCCCUGGAAGGGAAUAUUGACCAGGCACAGUAUUGUGAUCGAAUAAAGGGAAUUAUCGAGCUGUUGGGGAGUAAACUGUCUUUGGAUGAAUUAUCUAAAAUCUGGAGAAUACAGGCUGGACAGUCUUCCACUGUUAUCGAGAAUAUCCACACCAUCAUUGCUGCAGCAGCUGUGAAGUUCAACUUUGAUCAGCUCAGCCAUCUGUUUGUUCUAAUUCAGAAGAGCUGGGAGAUGGAGAGUGACCGGGUGCGGCAGAAGCUGUUGAGCCUCAUUGGGCGGAUUGGCCGCGAGGCUCGCUCCGAGGCCACCACUGGAAAGGUGCUGGAGGUUCUUUGGGAGCUGGCCCACUUGCCGACAUUGCCCACUAGCCUGGUGCAGCAGGCCCUGGAGGAGCACCUUGCCAUCCUGAGCGACGCCUACGCAGUCAAGGAGACGGUGAAGAGGAACUACAUCAUCAAGUGCAUUGAGGACAUCAAGAAGAUACUAAUUCAGGAGGAAACAAAAACGCCCAUGGAGACACAAGUCUCUUUUCUAACGGGUUCCUGGGGCAAGAAGAAACCAGGUUCGAUUUCAAAAUCGUCCCAGCAGAGUAACCCCCAGGCGGUCUGGGUUGUGCCGGCCCUGCGCCAGCUCCAUGAGAUCACACGCUCCUUCAUCAAGCAGACCUAUCAGAAGCAAGACAAGCAGAGCAUCAUUCAGGAUCUGAAGAAGAACUUCGAAAUCGUUAAGCUGAUAACAGGCAGCCUGGUCUCCUGCCAUAGGCUCGCCCUGUCUGCGGCAGGCCCUGGGGGGCUGUCUGGAUCCACGCUGGUGGACGGCAGGUACACUUAUCAAGAGUACCUGGAAGCACAUCUGAGAUUCAUGGCUUUUUUCCUCCAAGAGGCCAGCUUGUAUCUUGUAUGGAACAGGGCUAAGGACAUCUGGGAGUGCCUGGUGUCUGGGAUGGAUAUCUGUGAACUUGAUCGAGAGAUGUGCUUUGAGUGGUUUACAAAAGGACAGCAUGAUCUGGAGGGCGAUGUCCAGCAGCAGCUUUUCAAAGAGAAAAUCCUCAAGUUGGAGCCUUACGAAAUCACCAUGAAUGGGUUUAACCUUUUCAAGACCUUCUUUGAGAGUGUGAAUUUGUCUGACCAUCGUUUGAAAAGACAAGGAACGCAGUUGUUUGUAGAAAGGCUGGAUUUGGCAGGGAUGGAUUUUAUCUGGAGGAUAGCUAUGGAGUCACCAGAUGAAGAAAUUGCCAACGAAGCAAUCCAGCUGAUUAUUACCUACAGCUACAUCAACUUGAAUCCCAAAAUGAGAAAGGAUUCAGUGUCCCUACACAAGAAAUUCAUUGCAGAUUGCUACAAAAGAUUAGAGGCUGCCAGUUCAGCCCUUGGGGGCCCUACUCUUACUCAUGCUGUUACCAGGGCUACCAAGAUGCUGACGGCUACAGCCAUGCCCACAGUAGCCACGUCUGUGCAGUCACCUUCCAGGUCUACAAAAAUUAUAAUAAUUGAAAGAUUGCUGUUACUUGCAGAACGAUACGUUCUCACUAUAGAGGAUCUGUAUUCUGUUCCUCGGACUAUCCUACCUCAUGGCGCCUCCUUCCAUGGUCAUCCUGUGACCCUGCAUGUCACCUAUGAGUCCACCAAAGACACAUUCACGCUGGAGGCACACAGUAACGAAACCAUUGGGAGCAUCAGGUGGAAGAUAGCAGAGCAGUUAAAUUGUCCUGUGGAUAAUGUCCAGAUCUUUGCUAAUGAUAGCGUGUUAACAAUGAAUAAAGAUCAGAAGCUGCUGAACCAGCUGGGGUUCUCGGACGAGCAGGGUCUGACAGUGAAGACCUCCGGGACGGGCACUCCCUCCGGCAGUUCUGCAGACUCCUCCACCUCUGCCAGCAGCAGCAGCGUCUUCAACUCUGCCUACGCCCUGGAGCAGGAGAAGUCUUUGCCUGGCGUGGUGAUGGCUCUGGUGUGCAAUGUGUUUGAAAUGCUGUACCAACUUGCCAACUUAGACGAGCCGAGGAUAACGUUACGAGUUCGGAAACUACUUUUGCUGAUUCCCACGGACCCCGAAGUUCAGGAUGCUCUUGAUAACUUUGUCCCCAAAGAGUCAAGCGUAUGGAGUCACCAAAAAACCUUGUUUACAGUGGCGUCGGGAUCUCAGGCUUCAAAGUCCCCAUCCCUGUCCUCAAAGCAGCAGCACCAGCAAAGUGCCUCCUCCAUUCUAGAGAGCCUCUUCUGCUCCUCCGCUCCUGGCAUGUCAACCUUCAGAGUGCUCUACAAUCUAGAGGUCCUCAGUUCUAAAUUGAUGCCAACGACGGAUGAUGAAAUGGCAAAAACCAGCGUGAAAUCUUUCUGUGAGAACUUUCUCAAAGCAGGGGGCUUGAGUUUAGUGGUGAAUGUCAUGCAGAGGGACUCUAUUCCUUCAGAGGUGGACUAUGAAACCAGGCAGGGCGUUUACUCCAUUUGCUUGCAGCUUGCAAGGUUCUUGUUGGUGGGCCAGGCUAUGCCCAGUUCUCUGGACGAGGUGAUGCCAAAGGACGGUGUGGACGCACUGUCCUCAAGGCCGUUCCGGAACGCCAGCCGACAGAACAGCCGACAGUUGUCCUUCGGUGGGACCCCUGAGAAAUCCUCCUACCGGCAGAUGUCCAUGUCAGACCGGUCGUCGAUCAGGGUGGAGGAGAUCAUACCGGCUGCACGAGUAGCCAUUCAGACGAUGGAAGUGAAUGACUUCACCUCGACUGUGGCCUGCUUCAUGCGCCUCACCUGGGCAGCUGCGUCUGGGCGCCUUGACUUGGUGGGGAGCAGCCAGCCAAUCAGAGAGAGCACCAACUCCCUGUUCCCUCUGGGGGUGCGCAAUCGCCUCAGCAGCACAGGUAGUAACUGCAGCUCUGGGAGUGAGGGAGAGCCGACGACCUUGCACGCUGGGAUCUGUGUGAAACAGAACUGUGUGUCCAUCAAAGACACUAUCAUUGCCCGAGAAGCCUUGUCUUUACUGGUUACCUGUCUGCAGCUACGUUGCCAGCAGUUAGGUUCCUUUUAUAACUUGCCUUGUGUAAGUGAUUUCAUUAUUGAUAUUCUUCUUGGAUCACCCAGUGGAGAGAUCCGCAGUGUGGCUUGUGACCAGCUCUACACACUGAGCCAGACGGACACCUCUGUCUAUCCAGACCUGCAUAAACCCAACUUGUUCUUGUUACGGGUGGUGCUGACCGCGCAGCUACCCCUGUGGUCACCAACCAGCAUCAUGAGAGGCAUCAACCAGAGGCUGUUAUCUCAAUGUGCUGAGUACUUUGACUUGAGGUGCCAGUUACUUGAUGAUUUGACCUCAACAGAGAUGGAGCAGUUACAGAUCAGCCCGGCUGCCAUGCUGGAAGAUGAGAUAAACUGGUUAGAUAACUUUGAGCCGACGUGGUCCGCGGAGCUGGAGACGAGUGAAGCUGAUAACAUCCUGCAGGCUGGCCAUUUACGACUCAUCAAAACCCUUUUAUCCCUGUGUGGAAACGACAAAGAACAGCUGGGUCCUUCUCUGAUCCAGCAGUUGUUGGAUGACUUUCUUUUCCGUGCCUCUCGGAUUAUUUUGAACAGCAACAACCCCACGGGCAGCUCGUCUAUCAGCCAGCAAGACUUCCACCCCAAGUGCAACACAGUAAGCAGUCGCCUGGCUGCCUACGAGGUGCUGGUGAUGCUGGCGGACAGCUCCCUCGGUAAUCUGCAGCUCAUCACCAGAGAGCUGCUGUCCAUGCACCACCAGGCAGACCCUGCGCUCACCAAGGAGUUUGAUUACCUGCCUCCUGUGGAUAGUCGCUCGAGCUCUGGUUUUGUUGGACUGAAGAACGGUGGAGCCACCUGCUACAUGAAUGCAGUGUUUCAGCAGCUCUACAUGCAGCCAGGUCUUGCAGAGGCCUUCCUGACGAUUGAGGAGGACACGGAGAAUCCGGAGGAAAGCGUGUUUUACCAGGUGCAGUCUUUGUUUGGGCACCUGAUGGAGAGCAAGCUGCAGUACUACGUGCCUGAGAACUUCUGGAAGAUCUUUAAGAUGUGGAACAAGGAGCUGUUUGUAAGAGAACAGCAGGAUGCCUAUGAAUUCUUCACCAGCCUUGUGGAUCAGCUGGAUGAACACUUAAAGAAAAUUAAUCGGGAACAGAUUUUCAAGAACACUUUCCAAGGCAUUUUCUCAGAUCAGAAGAUCUGUAAAGACUGUCCACACAGGUAUGAACGUGAAGAAACCUUCAUGGCUCUGAAUUUAGGGGUGACCUCAUGCCAGAGUCUAGAGAUCUCCUUAGAUCAGUUUGUGAGAGGUGAAGUGCUUGAGGGAAGCAACGCCUACUACUGUGAAAAGUGCAAAGAAAAGCGUACAACAGUAAAACGCACCUGCAUCAAGUCUCUGCCCAGUGUCCUGGUUAUUCACUUAAUGAGGUUUGGCUUUGACUGGGAGAGCGGCCGAUCCAUUAAAUAUGAUGAACAGAUUAAGUUCCCCUGGGUGCUCAACAUGGAACCCUACACUGUUUCCGGAAUGGCCCGGCAGGAUUCCACUUCAGAACACGGGGAAAACGGCCGCGGUGGGGAGCAGGGCGGCUCCCCACGGAAGAAAGUCACCAUAUCUGAAAACUACGAGCUCGUCGGGGUGGUCGUGCACAGCGGCCAGGCGCAUGCUGGGCAUUAUUACUCGUUCAUUAAGGAUAGGCGGGGAAAUGCCAGAGGGAAGUGGUACAAAUUCAAUGACGAUGUGGUGGAGGAGUUUGACAUGAAUGAUGAGACUUUGGAAUAUGAAUGUUUUGGAGGGGAGUACCGACCCAAAGUCUACGAUCAAUCUAACCCUUACCCUGAUGUGCGGAGACGAUACUGGAACGCCUACAUGCUGUUCUACCAGAGAAUUUCAGACCAGAACUCUCCGGUUCUACCAAAGAAAAGCCGUGUCAGCGUGAUGCGGCAAGAGGCAGAGGAUCUGACCCUGUCAGCACCGUCUUCCCCUGAGGUCUCCCCUCAGUCAUCCCCUCGUCCUCCAAGAGCCAAUAAUGACCGCCUCUCCCUGCUGACCAAGCUGGUGAGAAAAGGGGAGAAAAAGGGGCUGUUUGUGGAGAAAAUGCCAGCAAGAAUAUACCAGAUGGUAAGAGAUGAGAACCUCAAGUUCAUGAAGAACAGAGAUGUGUACAACAGCGACUACUUCAAUUUCACAUUGUCUCUGGCUUCUGUCAAUGCAACUAAAUUAAAACAUCCAGCAUACCAGGCAAUGGCAAAGGUGAGCCUACAGCUAGCUAUCCAGUUCCUCUUCCACACCUACCUGCGCACCAAGAAGAAACUCAGGGUAGACACUGAAGAAUGGAUUGCAACUAUCGAGGCUCUGCUUUCCAAAAGCAGUGAAGGCUGUCGGUGGUUAAUUGAAUACCUGGUGGGUUCUGAAGGACGAGAGCUUAUCAAGAUUUGCCUUCUGGAAAGUUGUGUAAGGGAGGUCCGAAUCGUCGUAGCCACUAUCUUAGAGAAGACAUUGGAGAGUGCCUUACAUUAUCAAGACAAGGGUCUUGAUCAGUUGCUGGAGGUUCUGCUUUCACUGCUGGAUAAGGAUGUCCCAGAAAACUGUAAAAACUGUUCCCAAUACUUCUUUCUGUUCAGCAACUUUGUCCAGAGGGGUCACAAGUCGUGUCAGCUGCUUCUACAACAUUCUGCCUACAUGCGAAUGUUAAUCUUCCUACUGGGGCCCAGCCGGCAAAAUAACCAGAACCGUCGGUGGAGCUCCGCUCAGGCCCGUGAGUUCCUGCACCUCCACAAUACUCUGGCACUCAUGGUGCUGCACACGGAUGCCUCUGGUCAAAGGACUGUAGCUCCUGGUCAAUACAAGCAAAGCCUUCCUGUCAGCAUCUCCAUGCCUGGUCCCCUCCUAGCUCUGCACGGGGAUAUAGAGGUCCUGCUCUUCAAACCAGAGGGACAGUCCUACUUACUGGAGGUGAUGUUUGCAAUGCGGGAGCUGUCCGGGCCGCUCUCCUUUCUCUUGGAGAUGAUCACAUCCUGCUGUUUCUGUAAUGAGCCUUUCUCCCUGAGCGUGCUGCAGCUGCUCAAGCAUCAAUUGGAGACUGCACCCCCCCAUGAGCUAAAAAAUAUCUUCCAGUUGCUGCUUGAAAUCUUGGUUGUUGAGGAUCCACUGCAGACUCAGCGACUGAAGUAUGCCUUUGAGUCUGAAAAAGGAUUGCUAGCUCUAAUGCACCAGAGUAACAAUGUGGACAGCAGCCGCUGCUACCAGUGUGUGAAAUUCCUGGUUACACUCGCCCAAAAAUGCUCCCCUGCCAAGGAUUACUUCAAGGAGAACUCAAACCACUGGAGCUGGGCUGUCCAGUGGUUGCAAAAGAAGAUGUCGGAACACUACUGGACGCCUCAGAGUAAUGUUUCAAAUGAGACGUCCACCGCUAAAACUUUCCAGCGCACUAUUUCAGCACAGGACACUCUGGCCUAUGCUACAGCACUUCUGAAUGAGAAGGAGCAGUCUGGGAGCAGCAAUGGGUCAGAGGAGAGCCCAGCCAAUGACAAUUCAGACAGAAGUCUAAGACAGGGCUCAGAGUCUCCGAUGAUACUCGGGGAUUCAAAAAGUGAUCUCGAUGAUGUGGAUCCUUAGGCCUUUAGUCAAGACUGGAUUGCAUUAAAAGAACUCCAAUGGAGUGGAAAUGAGGAUUCAUACAGCCAAUCAAAAUGCUGUAUUGACCCUGGGAGAGGAGCAAGAAUGGAAAAAAAGAUAACUAAUUGGAGAACUAAAAAAAAAAAAAAAAAAAAAAAAAAAACUAAACAAACGCUUUUUCUUCGAUUUGUCAUCAGCAAGAACCUGCUUUUUUCACCUGAGAUUUAACACAAACAAAGUUUUCAAGAUUUUAUUAUGGGGCUAAAUUGAGUUUCAUUUAUAUAUAUAUAUAUAUAUAUAUAUAUAUAUAUAUAUAUAUAUAUAUAUAUAAAACAGGAAGUGAAUGUCAAACAUUUUCCUGUGUCAAGAUUAGAACUAAAGAUUGAUGCAGUGAUUUUUUUUUUCUUUUUUUUAUAUUGAAAAUCAAGGAGGAGGGAGGGGCAGUGCUUUUUAAAUGUUGCUGAUGUAAUUAAAUAGAAAAUAUUCAUAAUGUAAAGAUUUGUUUCAUAGGUAUUAUUGACAGUGUGUGAAAUCAUAUUUUAAAGUGUUGUGGGGGGAGGGGGGGUGUAUCAUCUCUGACUGUAUUUAAUGCUCUCCAGGAGGUACUUGUGAACAUGUAACACCAGUUCAUGGGUUUUGCCAUCCUUACUAAGACUGAAAGUUUUUUUUUUGUUUGUUUUUUUGUUUUUUUUAUACAAAUGCACUUUAUAAGUCAAGUUACAUGAAUAGACCAGGGAUGCAUUGUAUAGCUAUUAACCUCCUUUGGUUUAUUAAAUCCUCAGAAUACAGACAUUUUUAACAUCCUUUUUGAGAGACUUUAGAAUGCAAUUCCAAGCAAUUGCUGGACUGCAAUACACAUUAUGGGCAGUACUGUUUCUGUGGUGUUUAUGAAUGCACUCAGACUCUGUAUUGUGGGCAGUACUGUUUCUGUGUUGUUUAUGAAUGCACUCAGACUGUAUUAUGGGCAGGGCAGUACUGUUUCUGUGUUGUUUAUGAAUGCACUCAGACUCUGUAUUGUGGGCAGUACUGUUUCUGUGUUGUUUAUGAAUGCACUCAGACUGUAUUAUGGGCAGUACUGUUUCUGUGGUGUUUAUGAAUGCACUCAGACUGUAUUAUGGGCAGUACUGUUUCUGUGUUUAUGAAUGCACUCAGACUCUGUAUUGUGGGCAGUACUGUUUCUGUGGCGUUUAUGAAUGCACUCAGACUCUGUAUUGUGGGCAGUACUGUUUCUGUGUUGUUUGUGAAUGCACUCAGACUCUGUAUUGUGGGCAGUACUGUUUCUGUGUUGUUUAUGAAUGCACUCAGACUGUAUUAUGGACAGUACUGUUUCUGUGUUUAUGAAUGCACUCAGACUCUGUUGUAUACCUCAUGCAAGGCAGGGACCCUUUGUCCCUUGUUUUGAAAUGUAGUCACAUACGUGUGUGUGUGUGAGUGUGUGUGUGUGUGUAUAUAUAUAUAUAUAUUACACACACACACACAAAAUAGUCUAGUCAAUCGGUAGACAAACACGAAUAUAAUAGCAAAUAGAGGUUCCCGAGUAGCUGUUUUAUCAGCUACAAAGUACAGGACAUUUUAUUUGUAUUUAAUUUUGUUUUUGUUUUGAGCUACAGAAAUAAUUCUUCACUAGUGUAAAUCCUCAUUCUAAAGUCAUCUGUGGUGCUGCAUAUAACUACCUGUCUUCAUCAAAAUAGCAUCCACCUGGUCUAGAGGUGGAUUCUAAAAAAUAGAACAUAAUAACGUUAUUUUAGUUUCAUCUUUUUGAGGUGUGUGAUUUUCAAUAUUGUGUGUUGUGGGAUACCUUGAGGUUCGGCUGGAACAGUUGUGUGCACACUUGGACGUGCACAGCUAGCUGUUAACCCCAGUGGAGACUUCUGAUGUUUUGUACAUGGCGUAGUGAGAAUGUAUGAACGCACUGGACAUGCAGAGUGACGCGCAGCUAAUCACGAUCGCAGAUGGUGCCAGCAUAUUUAAAGAUGUAUUACUUGCAUAAACAAAACCAGUAAUACCAGCCAGAACUACUUUAGUUGUUGGAUGAAUUGUAAGUUUUGCAUUUUUUUUGUUGUUGUUCUUCACUGCUUUGCCUUUUUGUUCUUGUUCUGCCUUAUCGCACAUCCACACACAAUGCAGAGCAGAAAAAGAACAUGAGAUCCUGGGGAAACACUUCUUUUUUUUUUUUUUUUUUUUUUUUAAAGCCUGACUGCAGCAGUUCCCCAGGUCAACGGCACACAGUCAGCCACAAGUGCCUUUUCAAACCUCUGGACUGUUAACCUUUUGCCUGCUUUGUAAUUGCAUCCCAAACUAGCCAAGCGCUCCUCGAAACACUGCGCUCUGCAGUGAGAUUACUGCUCUGUUACGCUUGCGUCCGUGGAGGACAAAUAUUUAGUUCUGGUGUCUUUGUUUAACAGACAUGGAAUCACUUUUAAAUUGAUAAAUCCAGAAGGGGGGUGGGGGGGUUGGUUUAUUUGCUAGACAUUUCUAAAGGCUUUUUUAUGUGGAUUUUUUUUUUUUUUAAUCCAGAAUGCUUUGGUUCCUUCUGCUCUAGCAACUAGCUUUGUUGCUUACUUCCUGUAUCCUUUGGAGGGAAGAUAUGAAUCGCUGUAAGUGAAGUGACUGUGUACAACACUAUAUAUUGUGAAACAAAGGGCAUGUUAGGCACGGGGUAGCCAGCAGCGUUCAUCAUUGAAGUGAGGAAGUUUCUUUUUUGGAACUGCCUCUGCUUGUUCUGUUUUCUGUUAAAUAUAUAUAUAGUUUACCUCGUCUGUGCAACCAAAUGUCGUUUCAUCCAGGGUUCCUACCUGUACUACAUUUUACCAGUAAUGAACCUUCAGUCCAUUUUACAGUUCUGCAGAUCAAUAUUCAGCAGUCGACACAUAUAAGCAGCCUGCAACAAAACUUUUUUUUUUUUUUUGUUAUAUAAACGUGAAGCAUUUAUGUUCAGGACAAAUACGAAAAAACAAGGAAUAAUAAACUUUUAGCUGGUUUAUUAUAAGGAGGGGGGAGGGGCAUAACCAUUCAUAUUAAUAGCCUCAAGCUCCACUUAAGUGUUCCUAUGGAAACAAAACAAAGAUUUCAGAAAUCCCUGCAUGAAAGUGCAGAAGGAGCUUAUGAUUGGGAUAGGGCAGGGGGGAGAAGAAACAUUAUUUUAUAUAAUGUGUGUGUGUGUGUAUGCUUACGGUAGAACAGUAACAGUUCUGAAUUGUUUUUAGUUUUAUACAUAGAUCAUUUACAGGAAACUAAAAACGCAAAAAAACAGCCUCGGAUCAACUUUUAUUCAUGCAAUGAUAUAUGCUAUGCAGUAAAUACUGUAUCAUGUUGCCAGUGUGCUUUGAAGGGUGAAACAGGGGCUUAUUUAAAAACAACAAUCAAGUCAAAUACCCAAAGUCCAUCAGAAAUGUUUUUAUGUUGAACAGCUGGAAUGUUGUUCACUGGGUCAUAUGGUUUUUCUCUUACCAUAUCCAGAUGUGUCUGUGUAUGAGAUUUAAGAUUUAUUUUUCGACCCUGGGGAGCAGGGUGAGUAUUGACAGGAGUACGGGUUUUUAUUCAGUGUAUGUCAUUUUGCUUUGAGCGUUCAUAUAUUGCUGAAAGAAAAUAUAAAGUGUUCUGUAAUGCAUGUUAAAACAGAGUUUUAAUUUGUACAGCAGACCGUUUGAUUAUGGGAAUAUUUGAUACAAAAAAAAUAAAUAAAUAAACUGGAAUGCACAACUUUUAUAAA